GGAUUACACUAACAAGGCUGGUAUUAGGCAGUAACCUUUGUUUGAUAUUGACACAUUGCAUACCUGGUUUCACAGUCUUUAGGCGAAUGGGCUCUCUGAAGUGGCGGAUGACAGCGAGGGUGUCUCUGUUGGUCAGCCCGCUGACUGGGGUGCCGUUCACCUCGAGGAGCACGUCCCCGGUGCAAGGAAAUCUUCCUGCGUGACAAACCAUCGCAUCCGCAAUCACCUGGCCCAGGUACGGGAAUUCUCCGAGUUCGGCACCUCCCCCUACUUCCACAACGGUGCCAAACUCACCGGCAUUUCCCCACGAAACGUCACACUCCUGUACUUUGCCGGACCAGUGCUUUUUCUUUUUCAACGUUUUGGACAUGAUGAAUGUCUCUCGCAAGCCUUUAGAGAAGUCCUGGUGUUUGUUGAUAUAACAAGACAAGCUUCACACAGUCAUGCAGAUAGAAACUGUACAAAGAUGCUGAAGCUGAGAUGAGGCAACCUACUACUUGUGUUAUAUUCCAUAGCAGUCUAUCGUCCCUUAAAAUUGAUCAAUUGUUUUUUCCUUUGAUUGAAUUAUCCAGGCAUCAACCUGUCAGCUAUGCAAGACCUUCUGCGUCAGUGUUGUCGGAGAAGGAGAAAUUGUAUCGUGGGGUUGCUAGUGUUGUAAUAGAAUCCUUCAACUGCCCGUUCCACACGGUAGCCUACUAAUGUUUUCAGACCAGCGUGUCCUCUGCAGUAGUCUAUUUACUAUAGCCGACUAUAGAACUCACCGGAUCCAACCUACAGUGAGUCUUCGCAGUCUAUCUAAAUUCAGUCGGUUGAAAGUCACGGAUUUGGAGUAGUAGUAUCCAGUUAAGGCAGAAACCAACAGCAAAACUGAACGAUUUAAGCAACGCGCAAUAUGUAAUAUUUCGCUAUUCGUCUUCAAAGUGGUUCAAACUGUUGCGUAAAUCCACUACCGAUUCUUGACCCACCCGAACUGCACUGCUUGGCCAUUACAACUUAGUUCAGCGCACCUGUUCUAACACUUCGAGGUGACAUCAGAUACGACGUAUUCCCUGGUAACUGCAUAACACCGGAUACCUGUCCACGGAGUGUUUCGCAGGGUUCACCUCAAGCCUACUGUGCUGACUGCUGCUGGGAACUUGCUCCUAUUCUUCAGUCAGCUCGUUCAGCGCGCGCUCUAGCAUAGCUAUGACGUCCCAUGUAGUAAUGCCUGUUCUUUAAACGGCUGUGCCCUCUUGUGGUUUAAAUAAACCAGUACACACACAUCUCAUCACACACCAUAGGUCUGACACACACACACAUAACUAAGGUAAGACUAAGGCUAAUAUUGGAAAAAGUUUCGUUGAGGAAAAAAAAAAUUGCUCUCCAAUAACCACUGAUGCCAAAUUAGCUUCUUAAGAUGUAUUAUUGACAACCGACUAAUUUAAAGUUAUUCAUUUGACACGGUUAAUGGCGUGGUGCUUGUGCCAGUAUCCCAAAUUGGCAGUAGCAUAAAGGCACCCAAUUAAUGAUCCAACAAACAAAUCAAAUCUGAUGUUGGUAACUCGACCCUUAUUGUCACUGUCGUGUGGUAUAUUAGAGCCUUGUGGUGAAGUACACUAGCGCACUGCAGUCUCGCUGACCAAUUUGUCAAAUACCUCCAUCUGCUGUCAAAACAUUUGGCUGGCUUUAGACAGAAAUUUCACUGGCCUUGUUUUCCACUUUUAUCUCCCCCAUGAUUACACGCGAGUCAUAUGCAUGGACAAAAAGUCAUGUCUCAAAUGUAUAAACAGUAAAAGUCAUUUGAAAUGUUAUGUAGCCUAACGAACUUCAAAUGUCCCCUGUUGUUAAUGAUUAACUCUCUGUCAACUUGACAGUCUCCACACUCGCCUGUUCAGCCAGACAUUUUGGCAAAGCAGUUGAUAGCUCGAUGUCAUUGAAAGAAAUAUUGGAACUCUUUAUUGACUUGUGACAUCUGUCUGCUUUCAAUAAAAUCCACUGACGUCCAGUGGCAUGAUCCUGUGAUAGCUUCCAUCUCCGUUUUCAUGUGAGACAUGCUGACACGCAACAGCUGUCUUCUAUGGAUGUGCAGACGGCUUCAUGCAAUAACACCUCAGACCCUCUCUGCUAUGCAGAGAGUUCAAGUCUGCUGGCUGUAAUCGUCAUACCUGCCCUGCUGUCUCUCAGCACUGUGGGAGUUGUUGUUCUGAUACUGAUCAGUCUGCUCUGGAAGACACCUUCCCCUGGAAGUAGGCCGACUUCCAGCCCUGGCCAUGAUGUCAAUAAUCAGGAAUGUCUUUCCAUAAACGGGACAAUGGUGAGGCCUCCUCUGAGUUCUCAGGAUGCGGUGUGUCUGUGGGAGAUCCCUGGAGAUUGUACCCUAGAGGGGCUGGAGUUCUGGCAGUCUGGCUACUAUGGACCCAUCUGUCGAGCGUUCCUGAGGAGUGAAGCCAUCUCCACCCCUGUGGUGGUUAAAACACUCAGAGAUGGUUCCAACCAGGGUGAAGCCAGAGAGUUUGUGGAGUGGGUCCGGUUCCAUGCCACAGUAUGUAAGCAUGACAACGUGGUCCGGAUGCUGUUCUGCCAACGCCUCCGUCUGCCCAUGUACAUGGUCCUGGAGACCUGCAGUCCAGGGAACCUGCUGCACUUCCUCUGGGCGAUUAGGAAUAGGGAUUCUGAAUCGGGGGAUAGCUUGCAACAUUUCUCGGAGAAAUCGGUGUUUCUGAUCGCAAAACAAGUUGCCACUGGCCUGGACUACCUGCUAUCAGAGCAUAGGCUGAUGCACGGUGAUGUCGCUGCCAGAAACAUCCUUAUUGGCCCAGGGCUCUCUGCGAGGGUGUCUGGGUUGGGCUUGGCGUUCAGCAGCCGUCAGAAGGACACCGUGACAAAGCAGCAGGCAGAGAAGGUGCCUCUGAAGUGGCAAGCCCCUGAGAGGAUUCUGAAGCUGCCCACCACUGACAGGAGUGACGUGUGGUCCUUUGGAAUCUUACUGUAUGAAAUGAUCACCUUGGGCUCUGCGCCCUUCCCUGAGCUGGAGCCUCGCGCCGUGCUCCCUCAACUCCAGAAACACUACAGAAUGAAAAGGCCAGAAUCAUGUGGAGUACCUCUGUACGACCUUAUGAAGUACUGCUGGAUGUGGAACUUCAAGGACCGCCCUGCAUUCUCUGCCAUCAUAAAACUACUUGAGUCCUACACUUACCUGGCUGGGACCAAGGCCCUCCAAUCAACAGAUGGCUUAGACACCUUUGAGUACAGGAAGAAGGCAGGCAUCUUCUCAUGAGUAUCGAACCCCUGGCAGCAUGCAGUGUGAUGAUUUUUUGCAGUAGUAAACUGAUACAUGCGUGUAAACUGACAAGUGUGACUAAAUCAAUUUGGUCAAUGUAGUUCAAACAAUGGAAUCACACAAUGGCGCACAAUUGUUUCACCUCUUUUUUAAUGUCAAAACAUUCAGAAUAAAAAAUACAGGUAGUCUUCAGACGUGUUUGAUAUUGGGUGUGUAUAGUUCUGUUGCAUUUCUAAUACACCAACACUAGGCAUGCAUUACUGUGGUUAUGAUGGGGAAUAGAAGAACCAGAUGCAGAAACUCUGGAAAGCAUUGCUUGAGUACAAUAUGCAAAACUGGCCUUUAGUCAGUGCUCAAACUUUACAGUUGUUUCCCAUUACACUGGAUGUGAUGUCAACAAACCUUUAUCUGGAAAGGUGAAGCCAGACACAGAUACAGCCAUACUGUUUGUCACCACAACUCACAGGUCCUCAGACAUUCUUAGAAAAAGAAGAACACAAGUUCCUUGAAAGAAUGUUUCAUUAACUAUCUAAAUACCUAGAGGUGGAAGGGAGGUACCAUCAUUAUUCUGAACAUCCCCCUUCAUGCUGAAGUGAUGAAAGUUUAUGUUUAACCAAA